AUGGUACAUACAGUGAAAAGACAAGUGAACGAUAUGAAUACUACUAAUGAUUUGAACGACGAUCAGGAUGCAACCUGGGGAGGCAAAAGAACUAGGUAUAUAUACAACUACACUAUGGAAUGUACAGAUGAUUUGAUUUCCAACACAGAAGAUGAUUCAGAUGUCACGGAAAGUGUACAUAGUGUUCAAUCAAAAACUACAAUGGAAGCAAUAAGCGAAGCAGAUCUUUCUUCAGUUAAGAGUUGUGGAAGCAAUUGUAACUGCAAUAGCCAAACUAACCACACGGAAUUUGAUGUGGUCAGCACAUCAUCUUCUUGCCAUAAUAUUGAAACUAAUUCUUCAGAUUCCUCAACGUUGAUAGAUUUUAAGGUGACCAAUAAUAUUAUAAAUAGUGAUAUACCAGACAAUGGGUACAAUCCGGAGGACACGGAUGGAAGGGUAACUACUCCAAAAACAGAGUUACCACCUCCGGCGUGCUUUAAAACGUGCUUGCAAUGCCGAAAAGAAAACCCCAAUCCCUACUUCCAAUACUGUUUUGUUUGUUUUCGAAUGAAUUACACAACACACAUGUGUGUGUUGGUAUGUCAGUAG